UAAAAAUAAAGAAAAGCUUGUGGCAGAGGGAGACUAGUCAGACAUGGCAUGCAGCACCACUUUACAUGCUUCUAUUCUAAAACUUCUCAUCAUUUUCUUAUUCGCUGGUUGGGUUUCUCUUUGGCUUCUGAAGCCAACCCAAAUAUGGACAAGAAAAUGGAAACAGGCAGAAGAUAGCGCCAAUGAUACAAUUUUUGGAUACUAUGGUCUUAGCUUUGCUGUGUACGCGUUUCCUAUAAUUGCUAUUGCUAUAAUUGGACUUCUUUUAUUGGAUUUGAAAGCUGGAUAUCAAAGAAGCAGAAGCGCAAGGAGUACUCCAUCAAAAUCAAACUUCUUCUCAAAUCCACUGGUGGUGAAUACUACACUGGGAAUCUUAUCUAGUAUUGAAAUACUGAUAGCUUUCCUUUUCAUUGUCUUCUUAGCAUGGACCUACUACUCUCGUAUUUAUACAGACUUCAAAAAGUUGAUGCCAUACAAAUCACUGAAGUUGAAUACGUGGCAACUCAAGUAUCACAGAAUAGCAACCCGGUUCGGGUUGCUAGCAGAAGCUUGCAUGGCUUUGUUGCUUCUUCCUAUUCUAAGGGGGUUGGCCGUGUUUCGCAUACUUGGCAUUCAAUUUGAAGCUUCAGUUAGAUACCACACAUGGAUUGGAACUGCAAUGAUACUUUUUGCUACAAUACAUGGCGCAAGCACUUUGUUGGUCUGGGGGGUCAGCCACCAUAUUGAGGAUGAGAUUUGGAAGUGGCAAAAGACUGGACGCAUAUACCUCGCUGGGGAGAUUGCACUUGUUGUUGGGCUAGUCAUUUGGGUCACUUCACUUCCCCAAAUUAGAAGGAGAAAGUUUGAAAUCUUCUACUACACACAUCAUUUGUAUGCAGUCUUUCUAGUACUUUUCUUGUUUCAUGUUGGGGAUAGGCACUUUUAUACUGUCUUCCCGGGAAUAUUCCUUUUUAGCCUUGAUAAACUGAUCCGAAUCAUACAAUCAAGUCCAAAAACUUGCAUGGUUUCAGCUAGAAUUUUUCCAGGCAGAGCUCUGGAGCUAAUUCUGCCCAAAGAUCCAGGGAUGAAAUAUAACCCUACUAGUGUUAUAUUUUUGAAGAUUCCAACCAUAUCUCAUCUUCAAUGGCACUCUUUCAGUAUCAUAUCUAGUUCCAGGGCUGAUGAUCACAUUUUAUCUGUGAUAAUUAAAUGUGAAGGGUGGUGGACUAAUUCUCUUUAUGAUCUGAUCCAUGCUGAACUAGACAAAACUGCAGAUAAAAGGAAGGGAAUACCGAUUGCUAUCGAAGGACCUUAUGGACCUGCUUCAUUAGACUUUUUGAGAUAUGACACCCUUCUUCUGGUUGCUGGGGGAAGUGGAAUAACCCCAUUUCUGAGCAUUUUGGCGGAAGCUGAUUCAGCUACCAACAAAAGUAGAUUUCCCUCGAGAAUACAACUUGUGUAUGUCAUUAAGAAGGCACAAGACUUUUGUCUGUUACAUCCAAUCUCACAUCUGUUACUCAACCAAUCAACUGAAAAGUUUCAUUUGAAUCUGAAAUUGUUUGUAACCCAAGAAACACAAGCAGAGGUGGGAAUUAGGGAGCUACUAAACGAGUUCUUUAAAGUAAGAACCCUGCAAGUGAACAGCAUGUGUUCAAAUUAUGCAGCAUACGGGCCUGAAAGUCCAUCUUGGAUGGCUGCCAUUACAGGAUUUUGCUCCAUCACUUUCCUUAUUUUCGUUAUCUGUUUCAACCAUAUUAUAAUCCCCUCUGGAAAGCGCUCCAAAAUGGCCAAAGAAAAGACUCCUUCUUGGGUUGUGGAUCUUCUUCUGAUAGCUGCUUUUGUCCUAGCUUUAGCUUUUAGCGCCUCGGUGGCAGCUAUUUUGAGAUGGAGAAGGCUGAGGAAAGGGAUUCCACAAAUAUCACACAGAGAAAUCCAACCCCUUGAUCUAAGUUCAGCUGAAGCUAGGAAUGCACUUGAAGACCAUGAAGUGCAUUUCGGGGGAAGGCCUAACUUUAAAGAUAUAUUUGGCAAGCUUCAUGAUGAAAGCGAUGGAUCUAAUAUCGGAGUUUUGGUUUGUGGACCUGAGAGCAUGAAGGAAUCGGUGGCGUUCGCAUGCCAGCAGGAAUCUGAGUGUUUUAAGGCUAGUGGAAAGAGAACAGAAUCCUGCUUCACUUUCCACACUCUCAACUUCACACUGUAGUAGUCCAAGUAUGGCUGCCCAAAUUUGUGCGUUCAACAAGGCAUAGAUCUCAGUAAGCUUUCUGAGUGCCUCCGUGUAUCUAUCAUUAGAUAUUUGAAUGUAAUACUCCAAAGGCGAAAGAUUUAGGUAAUGUCCACGAGUAUUCUCACUAUAUAUUUGAAUGUAAUACUAGUAGUCAAAAGGAGAAAGAUUUGGGUAAUGUUCCAAAGAUAGUUUUGUUGUUUUCCAAUAAAAACACGAUAAGUGUUGAAGUUUUAUCAAUAUGAAAACACGGCGCAUGUAAUAACUGUUACACAUGCUGUAUUUUCGUUAGAAAACGUAAUCUAUUGAAUAGUAUCAUAGUUUUGUCCUAAUCAAAACACCCUUUUUCCUU